AUGAAUGAUGGUCGUUGUUGAAGGUCUCCAUGGCGCGUAGUUUGGAAGAAACCAACGUUGCUGCAAGUCGAAAUAACAGAGAUACUGCAAUUGCUGAAAUUUCUCGUCUCUUGUUGGAAGGAUGGACGUUGCUGGGAGAAGUUUGUCCGUUGGCCAACUGCAACACGCCUUUGGUAAGAAAUAGAAAUACCGGUGUGACCAUGUGUUGUCAGUGUCGUGCACAAGUUGUUCGCAGCAUCAACCAUUUGGAGUCCCCUGAGACUCAACAAGAGAAUGGUAUAUCGGCACAUGUUCAGUCCUCGUCGUCCUCGUCUCAUGAAGAGCAAGUCAUUGGAAGUGAACAAGAGAUGUCCUUUUCUUUACUAGAAGCAAACUAUAUUCGCGAGUUUCAACGAGACUCUGACCGCGUCAGUAAACAAAUUGGUGAGAAGUUGUUACAAGGUUGGACUUUGUUGGAUAUGAAUUGCUCUAGUCCACAGUGUGCCUGUCCACUAAUGCGAGACCAUCAAGGGGCUUUGUUUUGUGUGUCUUGUCAACAGUUUUGUGAAGAUAACGCUCAGCGUGAAAACCAAGUAGAUACUAUAGAAUUGGAAAGCGUAGAAAGCAAACGUCCGAGAAUUUUAUCGAGUGAAACUGCAGCAAACUCACUUAACGUUGUGAAUAGCGGGGAUAGUAUUUUAAGGGCAACCGAAGCUGCAUUGCUAGGAAAGGUUGACUUACUUCAGGCAAGUUUGUCGCAGUCAGAAAACAUGCAAGAAUGGUCCCGUAUCAAUGAACAACUUUCGUCCUUUUUAUCCAAUUUACAAAAGGUUCGCGGACUUCUUGACAUACACCCGUCCCAGCAAUCUUAGUUCUCAGAAUCAAGCAUCCUGGUCGAUUCUUCCAAGGAUUGCGCUCGACUUCGUUGCUUUAUAUGGCUUUCGAUAUCCGGAACUACUCCUGUAGUUACGGCAAGUGUCUUUUUCCACAACGAAUCUUCAUUUUCGCUUGGAGAUAUAGUACCGUCUGCAUAAAGAACCAAUACCAAGUUCUUAGUAGCCUCAUGUAUUUGAUCAGCCAACAUAUCAUCAUCAACUCGCUGCUUUAAAAUCCAGUUCAAGUUGGAAAGUAUUUCGAGCCACAGUCGUUCAAAUUCUUCAGCACUUAGCAGUUGACUGAGAGUUCCGUGAUAAAGAAGAAACAUUUUGG